ACAAACAUCGUAUUUUGUUUACAACGACAAUGUACUGAAGUUUUACAAAAUAAUUAAAAACAUUCAUUGUAUUUCACGUAAUAUUUAAUAGCUAUAAUUAAAAAGUAAUUUAAGUUUAUCUUUUUAAAAAUGUCGAAUUUUCCACCUACUCCUACCAAUCCAAAUGUUCAAAACAGAUUCGGCCAGUACCCGAAUCAGACUUAUCCGGUACAGCAAAGGCCUGGCAUGUACCAACAAGGUGGUCCAAUGCCUCAAGGCGUACCGCCAAAUGCUAUGAUGGGAGCACGUGGACCACCAACUCAAGGUUUUAGUCCUAUGAGACAUGGAGCUGGCCCCAUGGUACCAAACCAACCAACACCGGGCAAAAGACCAGCCGAUAAUCGAAAUCCUCCUCCUAUGAGCAAAGGUGAUUUUCCUCACAAUAUACAAGUACAAAAUAACAGUAUUGGCAUGAGUAAAAAAAAGAAAAAAUUGGCUGAUAAAAUAUUGCCUCAAAAAGUAAGGGAUCUUGUUCCAGAAUCCCAGGCAUAUAUGGAUCUUUUAGCUUUUGAAAGGAAAUUGGAUUCAACUAUUAUGAGGAAACGAUUAGAUAUACAAGAAGCAUUAAAACGCCCAAUGAAGCAAAAACGUAAAUUGCGUAUAUUUAUAUCAAAUACAUUUUAUCCUGCUAAGGAGCCUGGUGAAAAUGAAGAAGGUAGUGUUGCUUCAUGGGAAUUAAGAGUUGAAGGACGUUUGUUAGAAGAUUCUAAAAAUGAACCAAAUAAAAUUAAAAGAAAAUUUUCUUCUUUCUUUAAAUCAUUGGUAAUUGAACUUGAUAAAGAUUUAUAUGGACCUGAUAAUCAUUUGGUUGAAUGGCACCGUACUGCAACCACUCAAGAAACUGAUGGAUUUCAAGUAAAACGUCCUGGCGAUAAAAAUGUACGUUGUACAAUUCUAUUGCUUCUUGAUUACCAACCAUUACAAUUUAAGUUGGAUCAACGUUUAGCUCGUCUUUUGGGUGUUCACACUCAAACCAGACCUGUUAUUAUAAGUGCUUUAUGGCAGUUUAUAAAAACCCACAAAUUACAAGAUUCUCAUGAAAAAGAGUAUAUUAACUGUGACAAGUAUUUGGAACAAAUAUUUAAUUGUUCUCGUAUGAAAUUUGCUGAAGUUCCACAAAGACUUAAUACUUUACUUCAUCCUCCUGAUCCAAUAGUUAUUAAUCAUAUUAUAAGUGUUGAGGGCGUUGAACAAAAACAAACAGCAUGCUAUGAUAUUGAUGUUGAAGUUGAUGAUACGCUAAAAGCACAAAUGAAUAAUUUCUUGCUAUCCACUGCUAGUCAGCAAGAAAUUCAGAGCCUGGAUAAUAAAAUUCACGAAACAGUUGAAACAAUUAAUCAAUUAAAAACAAAUAGAGAAUUCUUUUUAAGUUUUGCUAAAGAUCCUCAACAAUUUAUAUAUAAAUGGAUAAUCUCACAAACUAGAGACUUAAAGACAAUGACAGAUGUUGUGGGAAAUCCUGAAGAAGAACGAAGAGCAGAAUUUUACUAUCAACCAUGGACUCAAGAAGCUGUUAAUCGUUACUUUUAUUCAAAAGUUCAACAAAAACGGGCCGAACUUGAACAUCAAUUGGGUAUUCGCAGUUCAUAAUACACAUUUUUAUUAUUCUCUGCUAUAAUAUUUAUUUAGAUGAUGAUUUUAUAAAACAUUUUUUAUAUAAUAGUUAAUAUUAACUGCUUGUUUGUGAAAUUUCUUGAUAAUAUUUGUUUAUUUGUUUUUUUUUGUAAGUCCAUUUAAUUAAUGGUUAGUGGUAUUUUUAAUUUGAUAUGUAGUAGUUUAUAAAAAGUACUGAUAAGAAAUACU